AUGGCGCGAUUCUCCCCCCAACAAAGCCGGCCGGUCCAUGCGACGCCGUUCUUGAACCACUCCACAACUCCUUCCGAUGCCAACUACGACACUGCCAACCCCGCGUACAUUCGCAAGUACCUGCGCACAUACGGCUUGACGCCUCCCCGAUCAGAAAGCUACGAGACGCAAAAGACGCGAUGCCUGGCUCAGCUGGCUCUGAAGCAGACCGAGAUCGACAAGUUCCAAUACCUCAGCACUCUGCGCAAGAACAAUGUCCACCUCUUCUACCGCCUGGUGACGGAUCAUUUGAGGGAGCUCACCCCUCUGAUUUACACACCCGUGGUCGGCGAGGCCUGUCAACGAUGGUCUGAAAUCUACCAACAGCCCGAGGGCAUGUACCUGAGCUGGGAAGACCGGGGCAAUCUGGCGGCUGUGAUCGCUAAUUGGCCCCAACCGAAUGUGGAGAUCACCUGUAUCACCGAUGGCUCCCGUAUUCUCGGAUUGGGAGACCUGGGCAUCAACGGCAUGGGUAUCCCCAUUGGAAAGCUCGCUCUGUACACUGCAUGUGCCGGUAUUCGUCCCGAGGCCACUUUGCCUCUGACUCUCGACCUGGGCACGAGCAACAAGACCCUCCGGGAAGACCCGCUGUACAUGGGCAGCCGCCGUGAUAAGAUCUCUGCCGAGGAGGAGCGUGAGUUCCUGGACGAGCUGAUGUCCGCUCUGACGGAGCGCUGGCCUGGCAUCGUCAUUCAAUUCGAAGAUUUCAAGAACCCUUUCCCCGCACUUGAGCGGUAUCGGGACUCGUACACGUGCUUCAACGACGAUAUUCAGGGUACCGGUGCCGUGAUUCUGGGCGGUGUGAUCAACGCUGUCAAGCGCUCCGGCCUGCCUUGCAAGGACCACCGUGCCGUUUUCCUCGGCGCCGGCUCGGCCGGUGUCGGCGUCGCCAAGCAGAUUGUGGAGUUUUUCAUGCGUGAAGGCAUGACCGAGGAUGAGGCGCGCAACUGCUUCUACCUUGUCGACACCAAGGGUCUCGUCACUGCCGACCGCGGUGACAAGCUCGCCGACCACAAGGUUUACUUCGCUCGUCGGGACAAUCAGGGCCAGCAGUUCAAGACUCUGGAGCAGGUCAUCGAGCAUGUCCAGCCCACCAUCCUGAUGGGUCUCUCCACUCUGGGUGGUGUCUUCACCCCCGAGAUCCUCCGCAAGAUGGCCGACUGGAACACCACUCCCAUCAUCUUCCCUCUGUCCAAUCCUUCCUCCAAGUCCGAGUGUAACUUUGAGAAUGCCGUCAAGCACACUGACGGUCGCUGUCUCUUCGCCUCCGGCUCUCCGUUCCCCACCAUGUCCUUCACCAACUCCGCCGGCGAGACCCGCACCUACUACCCCGGACAGGGCAACAACAUGUACGUCUUCCCCGGUAUCGGCCUUGGCAGCAUUCUCUCCAAGGCCGUGCGUGUGACCGACAGCAUGAUCUAUGCUUCUGGCGAGGCUCUCUCCGCCGCCCUCACACCUGAAGAGAUUGAGCGCGGUCUGCUCUACCCCGACAUUACUCGCAUCCGUGAGGUCAGCGUCGUGGUGACCCGCAAGGUGAUGCGCGCGGCUCAGGCCGACGGUGUGGACCGGGAGACUGCGCUCCGCAAGAUGAGCGACUCUGACCUCGACAACUACAUCAAGACCCGCAUGUACGACCCUCACACUGAGGUGCGCUCUCUCGAGCGUGAGGUCGGCCACUUGCUGUCUAGCCUCGGCAGCUUGUCGCCCAUUCUCAACGGCUCCACCACCGAUGAGAAGGCCAACGGCGCGAAGCUGUAG